GUAUUGGAAUCAAUCGCUUCUUCUAUCUUCUUAUCGUCUCAUGAUGUUUGUAGCAAGAACAAUUUGGAAAACGGUUUAAUUUCCUCCGUCGCGUUUCAACGCUCCUUCUGCCACACUUCAUCUCGGAAACAUCGAACCUGCCAGACACUACCAAGUCGUAUAUUAAUGGGCAUCGUCUAGCUAUGAGCUAGAUCCAAGAUUAGAGAGCAGAGUUCGCGACUGAGAAAUGAAUGAAUGGACCUCGAAACGAAAGAUAGAAGCACAUGGCAGCGAUGUCAUCGAAUUGCGCGUGAUCUCUACCUCUAUAAGCCUCCUCCGGACACGACCCCUUUUACUUACGAACCACUUGAUACAUCUCGUCGACAAAUACGGCUAUUUCGACUAGGUACACCCGUACAUGGUAUUCUGACAGGAGAGCUUCGCCAUGUCGACUUGGACAAUCAUGAAGCGGACGAUAUCAAUUAUUGGGCGUUAUCCUAUACGUGGGGUUCGUCAAACGAGACAGAAUUAAUCAUGAUUAAUGGAAAGCCUUUCCGAGUCCGUAGUAACCUGUUCGACUUCUUAGAGAUAGUCAGCGAGAAGCGCUGGGACGCAUUUACAAGGGAUCUCUGGAUCGAUCAACUGUGCAUUGAUCAGAGCACGAUAUCCGAACGCAAUCACCAAGUGUUGCUGAUGGCAGACAUAUAUCAUUCAGCGUCCAUGGUUGUUGUCUGGCUCGGAGUGUCGAGCAACACGGCACACAAUUUCAUACUGCAAGCCCAGUGGCUUUCGCAACCUGGUCGCAAACUGCAGGAUUGGGUAAAAUCCGAGACGACCUUUUCCGGGGAGACACUGUACACCCUUAAACCGAACCCCAAAGUCGCCACGUUCUUCGAGCACGAGUACUGGUCGAGACUGUGGAUCGUACAAGAGCUCAUCCUCGCCCACGACAUCACCGUCUACACCGGUGUCGACAGGAUUUCGUGGACUGAUCUGACAAGGUUCGUGAACGACGUGCGAGAGAUACGCGACUUGAAUCCUGGGAAGGUAUUUCAUGAUUUUGGACAGCACCACGUGCCCCCUCACGCAGACUUCCUGUUGAGCAUGGCCAUGACCGGGCGCAACAGUACCUCUUUGUUUCAAGCCGUGCAGCGGCUUCAUUACAAUCGAUGCUACGAUGCAAGAGACAAGAUCUACGGUCUUAUGGCAAUCGUCAGCUCUGACGCCGGCAUAGUUGUUGAUUACAGCAAGACGGCUGCCGAGGUUUUCCUCGACGCCGUGCAAGUCGUCAUGAAGGAAAUUACCAUCGAAUCCGAAACUGCGCCGUGUACCCUGAGGAUCAUACAGAAUGUGGAGGACCGCUUGUCUACACUGUGCUACGCCUCGAUGAAGGAAAUGCUUCCAGCGGACCUCAUUGGCGGCAGCGUGCGGGCGCGCAUGAAGCUAUUCCAGAGUAUGGUGGGAGAGCACGGACGAGCAGAAUGGUUUCAGGCUUUGCGUAACGGAGAGCUCUCGCAAUGGGCUCGUAAGCGGUUUGAGGGCUUCCUGAUAGAACAGAAGGAAGUCGCAACAUGAUACUGAUAAUCUGAAGAGUAGUUUAUGAUAGCCAAUGCGUUAUUUACAACAUCAUGAUGAGCCUAAAGAUCUGCUUGCAAACAUCUGCC